AAAUUGUAUGGAGACAGAUGUCGAACGCAAUUGUUUAUAGUAAACAUGCUUUAAAUGUGAAAUAUGAAUCCAUUUGCUUAUUUAGUGAAAGUUUUACGCAAAAUGAUGGAGUCUGUUAUAAGGGUUUUGCGGUUAAACAACUGCAAUUGGCCGGAACUGAGUAGGUACUGUGGUUGCUGUAAGCUCUCUACUGGCAUCUAUGUCCGUUCAAUUUUAAGUCUGAUUUUAGUCGUAAUCCUUAUCGUAGUUAAUUCUCUGGGCCUAACAAAAUUAUUUACCACUGCGACAGCCCUAGAUGGCGUAACAGUCACAGUCAUUGGCGAUCGUUUCAACAAAACAAUCACUGAAGAAGACCUCGCUAUGGUCCAAAAUAUAAUGUUGGCAUUAAAAAUCUAUCUCAUCAUAUGGAUUAUCUUGAAGUUCAUAUAUAUUGUUACCAUUUUGGCUGGAUUUUACGCUAUCUUUUUUAAAAAACCCAAGAUUUUGAAAUUUGUUUUCUACACGAUGAUACCGAACUGGAUUUUUGAUAUCAUAAUAUUAGUCGGAGCUAAAACCUUUCUAAAAUUGCCAAUACAAGUAUUAUUCUUCAUCGGUGUAUGUUCCGAGUUCUACAACUUGAUCGCCAUCAACAGUCAAUACAGGCAAAUGGCGUUCAAAUCCCGCAUCGUCCCCGAAGAGCCACCAGAGACCACAACAUUUAGUAGUCAGGUCGAAGCGUGGAAUCCAAAUAUACACGGCGGGGCCCAUUGCAGGACCUGCGUAUGCCCCACAUCACCUUACAUGGAAAUCAGAUCUGAAAGAACCACCGUUACUAGCCUCUCAUCACCUCAAACUCCUUCAGAAUCCUACGAAGUAUUAGAUCAAGAAACGACAAACAAAGUGGUGAAUUUUAAAGAUGGCCCCAUUAUCUACAACCAAGAACAGUUGCAGCCACGUGACGUGCUGUUUUUAAGAAGAGAUGGAGAGAGAGAUGAGGGUGAUAUAGAUAAUAGAAACUUGACACAUUCGGAUGAAGUAAGACGACCGAGAAGACCUAAUUCGCUUGCGCUGUAACUAUUACUUAAGAAAUUUAGUGUAAAAGCAAUACAAGUAAGUAAAGAUGUUAAAAACGCAUUAUCUAGCGAAAUGUUUUAGUUAUGCGAAUAUUGUCUUUGGUUAAAGCCAGUGCUAGAUUGAUAUAAAACCUCUUUAGAGGUUAAAUCGUGGAAAUUUUACUAUAGAAUAGUCGUCUUAGUCGAGUAAUAAUAAGAAUUUGUAAGGAAAUUAUUAUAAGAGUAAUUUAUUUCGUUGAUAUUAAAUACAAUGACACAAUCUACAAUGUCAGAUUUUGUCAUGGUAUUUUUUUUAUUAUCAAUGCAUAUAUUUGUGAUUUCAUUCUUUUUAAUUAAUGAA